AUGGAUCUUCGACAGAUUAUUUUUAUUUGCUUGUGCUUUUUACGAGCAAACGCCCAAUUCUACCACUAUAACAUAUUGACACGAGUUAUCCAAGGUGUUCCAACGAGUAUAGCCCACUAUCCGAUCAUGGCCCAACUGUUGCUGGACGCGUGGGGCACGCAGGAGUACGUGCAGCAUUGUGCUGGUGUCAUACUGACAUCACGGCAUGUCUUGUCUGCUGCUCACUGUUUCCAGUACAACGCGAAUACUGGGAGAAAUUACACCAUGCCGAAAUAUUGGAAGAUUCGAGUUGGUUCCACAUACCGCACCGGUGGAGGAGUGCUCCAUAAUUUGAAAACUAUAAUACCACACAAGGAUUUCGACAAAUUCUUUUACACCAACGACAUCUCUGUUGUAGUGGUCGCUAAACAAUUCUCUUUUAAUAACAAUGUGAGACAGGGCACUAUAAUCAAGCAAGGGGUAGAGAUCAAGCCUGAUUCUCUUUGUACCCUCGUUGGAUGGGGAGUUUUGGAGCCGUCAGAUAACAGCCAAGAAACUCCCGGGAAACCACAGCGUCAGACUGACGGUCCACAACCCGAGCAAUUACAGCACACGAAUCUCUACACAAUAGACCAAAAAAUUUGCGUGAUGCGAUAUAACACAAUCGGUGCAGUUAUUCAAGACUCCAUGAUGUGUGCUGGUCGCGUAGAUGCUGGAGGACCAGACGGAUGUUUCGGUGACUCUGGAGGUCCUCUACUAUAUAAGGGCUUGGUAGUAGGCAUCGUGUCUUUUGGAUAUUCCUGUGGCCAUCGAUAUUACCCCGGAGUUUAUACUAAAGUUUCUCAUUAUACUAACUGGAUUUUGAGAACUGUUAAUUCUAAUAAAUAA